UAUAAGGUUAUUUGCAACAUUAACCUUUUUUUUGUCAACCAUAAACAUUAAAGUACAAAGUUACUAGAGAAAAUUUCUGAACUCUAAUUACCAAACACACACCCCAUUCUAAAGUCUAAUAAAGUCUAAGUCUAAACUCUAAACCGAGCUUCAAGUUCAAACUCCGAAUGCUCAUCUAAAACCCUAAUUAGCAUCAAUGGAAGACACAGAAGGCGGUUUAAGUUUCGACUUCGAAGGCAACCUGGACGCAGCCCCGAAUAUUCCGACUGCAUCGAACCCGGUGAUCCAACCCGACCCAAAUGCUGCCCCGUCCAGCGGACCUGCCGCUCCAUCUCCGCCCGCUGACCCGGCAUCGGGCCAAGGCAACCGCCGCAGCUUCCGCCAAACCGUAUGCCGACAUUGGCUUCGUAGCCUCUGUAUGAAGGGGGAUUCAUGUGGCUUUCUUCACCAAUACGACAAGUCUCGAAUGCCCGUCUGCCGAUUCUUUAGACUAUAUGGCGAGUGUCGGGAGCAGGAUUGUGUUUAUAAGCACACUAAUGAGGAUAUCAAGGAGUGCAAUAUGUACAAAUUGGGAUUUUGUCCAAAUGGCCCAGACUGUCGUUACCGACAUGCGAAGCAGCCUGGCCCUCCGCCUCCUGUUGAUGAAGUCCUUCAGAAGAUUCAGCAACUGACUUCAUACAGCUAUGGUGCCUCAAAUAGAUUUUUUCAACAACGCAAUACAAAUUAUUCUCAGCAAGCAGACAGAUCCCAGUUUCCACAAGGUGCUAACAGCACAAAUCAAGGUGCAGUCCCCAAACCUACGGCGACGGAGUCUUCCAACAUGCAACAACAAUUACAACAGCUGCCUUUGGCUGGCCAGGACCAACUACAAAAUCUUCCCAGUAAUCCAUCUAAUCAAACAGGGAGGAUAGCUACUCCACUGCCUCAAGGGCUAACUAGGUAUUUUAUUGUGAAGAGCUGCAAUCGUGAAAACUUGGAGUUAUCAGUUCAACAAGGUGUAUGGGCUACUCAGAGAAGCAAUGAAGCCAAAUUGAAUGAAGCUUUUGAUUCUGUUGAGCAUGUUAUCUUGGUCUUUUCUGUCAACCGUACUCGUCAUUUUCAGGGUUGUGCAAAGAUGACGUCUAAAAUUGGUGAGACUGCUGGUGGGGGUAACUGGAAGCAUGCACAUGGGACAGCUCAUUAUGGCAGAAAUUUCUCUGUUAAAUGGUUAAAGUUAUGUGAGCUAACUUUCAAUAAAACUCGGCAUUUGAGGAACCCGUACAAUGAGAAUUUGCCAGUGAAGAUUAGUAGAGAUUGCCAGGAGCUCGAACCUUCUGUCGGGGAGCAGUUGGCUUCCUUACUUUAUCUUGAACCAGACAGUGAACUUAUGGCAACUCUCUCAGCAGCUGAAUCCAAACGUGAGGAGGAAAAAGCUAAAGGAGUCGACAUAGAAAAUGGAGCUGAGAAUCCUGACAUAGUUCCAUUUGACGACAAUGAAGAGGAGGAAGAAGAGGAAGAAAGUGAAGAAGAAGAUGAGAGUUUUGGCCAGGCACCUGGACUUGCUAUUCAAGGCAGAGGAAGGGGAAGAGGAAUGAUGUGGCCUCCAAACUUUCCAAUGGGUCGAGGUGUUCGUCCUAUGCAAGGGAUGAGAGCCUUUCCCCCUGGCAUGAUGGGGGUGGAUGGGUUCACAUAUGGACCUGGACCUGAUGGCUUUCCAAUGCCUGAUCCUUUUGGCAUGGCUCCUCGUCCUUUCAUGCCUUAUGGUCCAAGGUUCUCUGGUGAUUUCACGAGUCCUGCACCUGGUAUGAUGUUUCCUGGUAGACCUUCACAACCUGGAGGUGUUCUUCCUGGUGGUGGUUUUGGAAUGAUGAUGGGUCCUGGGCGUGCUCCUUUCAUGCCAGGAGGAAUGGGUAUGGGAGGGAGAGGUGGUCGACCAAUGGGUAUGCCUCCUAUUUUUCCUCCCCAACCUGGACCUCCUCAAGGUGGCAAUCGGGGUCCGAAGAGAGAUCUGAGAGGACCUGGUAAUGAUUGGGGUGAAACAUUUGGGUCAGGUCCAGAGCAAGGGAAGUUGCAGGAUAUGGGUGGUGGACGUGGUGGUGACCCUCAAUAUCAACAAGGUACUGAGAAAAUUGUCUCAUGUAACAAUGUAACGAAUGAUGAAAGUGAAAGUGAGGAUGAGGCUCCUAGGAGGUCAAGACAUGGUGAGGGAAAGAAGAAACGCCGAAGCUUGGAUGGUGAUGUUCAUGCUUUAGACCCAUGAGUGAUGUGCUAUGGUGUCGUCGUGAUUUUGCAUGGUCUAAAACAACACAUCGAUCUUAUGGAUAUAAACGUAGAACCCCAUGAUGCCAUUUGAAAUGCAACCUUACAGUAGUUACCUCAGCUCUACGUUUUCUCUACUGAAGUGACAAGGGAGAGCCAAGAAGUGGACGGAUAAAGUAAAAGAACAAUCUAGCUCUUAGACCGGUAAAGAACAGAAACUUUUGCUUCCAAAUAUUUGAACAUUAGAUGGUUUCAGGAAUUUAUGUACAUUGUAUAAAAAUAUGUACACGAAGAGGUACAAGGGGGAGUUGUGAAUAGAUAGGACAUUAGAUUGUUGGUUUCAUUUUACUGGUAUUGAGUAUUGACCUAGUUGAUGUGCCUUAGAUGCCGUAGUCAUAAACAUCAUUGUAUCAUUGGUAUUCAUGCUAUUUUUGAAAAAUGCUCGAGUACCUUCUGCUUUA